GAGAAUAGUGAGAGAGAGAGAGAGAGGAGCGAGACUCUCAUCUCAUCAUAAUCUUUGCUUUUGAUUUGUUUUCUAGAUCAUUAGUUUUCGAAUUGUUCGCUUUGAUUCUUUCUCGGGAAAAAUCUCUCUGAGAGAUCCAUCCACAAGUAGUGGUGUGAAUAACCAAAUCUGGAUGUUAUUAUCGGUGAAUCUGAGUCGAAAAGAUGAGGAAUGUCAAUAAUAGCGUUGAGACUGUUAACGCCGCCGCAACCGCCAUCGUCACCGCCGAGUCUCGAGUCCAGCCGUCGUCUGUGCCGAAGAGAAGGUGGAGAAACUGUUGGAGCUUAAACUCAUGUUUCGGAUCUCAAAAGAACAACAAACGGAUCGGAAAUGCUAUGCUUGUUGUACCUGAACCGGUCGCAACCGGAGGAGCACCGGUGGUUACAGUUCAAAACUCAGCCACUUCGUCAUCAAUUGUUCUUCCUUUCAUAGCACCACCUUCAUCUCCAGCUUCAUUUCUUCAAUCAGAUCCAUCAUCGGUCUCUCAUUCACCUGUUGGUCCACUGUCUCUAACCAGCAACACAUUCUCCACUACAGAACCUCAAUCAGUCUUUACCAUUGGACCAUACGCUAACGAAACUCAACCGGUUACUCCUCCGGUUUUCUCCGCCUUUAUAACCGAACCAUCCACCGCACCGUUCACUCCACCUCCAGAGUCAUCAGUCCACAUAACUACACCAUCUUCCCCUGAAGUUCCCUUUGCUCAGCUUCUUACAUCUUCCUUGGAGCUAACUCGGAGGAAUAGUAGCGGAAUGAACCAGAAGUUCUCGUCGUCACAUUACGAGUUCCGGUCUAAUCAGGUGUGUCCGGGAAGUCCUGGUGGUGGUAACUUAAUCUCUCCUGGCUCAGUGAUUUCAAACUCUGGUACAUCUUCUCCUUACCCUGGUAAAUCACCAAUGGUUGAGUUUAGAAUCGGUGAGCCACCAAAGUUUCUUGGUUUUGAGCACUUCACAGCUCGUAAAUGGGGAUCGAGGUUUGGCUCUGGAUCGAUCACUCCCGUUGGACACGGUUCAGGUGCUCUGACACCAAACGGUCCAGGGAUGGUUUCUGAGAGCUUAACACCAAACAACAACAACAACACCACGUGGCCUUUGACGAGUCAGGUCUCUGAGGUGGCGUCUCUGGCUAAUUCUGAUCACGGGUCUGAAGUCGUUGCUGCGGAUCACAGGGUUUCGUUUGAGUUAACAGGUGAAGACGUUGCACGUUGUCUUGCGAGCAAGCUGAAUCGGUCGCAUGAUAGAAUGAACAACGAUGAACGGGUUGAGACGGACGAGAGAAGAAGCAUCAGCUUCCAAAAGCGUGAGAACAACGUGGAGAGAGUGUCUGGAGAUAGAGAGAUUGAACAGCAGAGGAUUCAUAAGCUGAGUUCUUCUUCGAUUGGAUCUAGCAAAGAAUUCAAAUUCGACAACACGAAAGAAGAGAAUAUCGAGAAGGUCGCUGGAAAUAGUUGGAGUUUCUUCCCUGGGUUACGAUCUGGAGUCAGCUAACAAAUUAUAAACAGGUCUUCUUCAUCUUCUUCAUUACCAAGGACCAAAGAAAAACCUUUUAACAAACCUUUGAACAUGGCUCAGUGAGAUGGUGAGAAAAAAAGGUAAGAGAUUGGGUUUCUAACAACUUAUACACACUGAAUAAAUAAGCUUAGCUUUUGGUUUGCAGUUGUUGUAAGAACAACUUCUGCACUGAUGUAUUUAGUAACUCUGGAAUAUUCUUGGAUCAGUUCUUAGCCUCCUACAUCUAAUAUUGUUACAUCUCGUUACAUUCAUAUAGCGUUGUGAAAUAAUUGUUUAUCUUUCGUUAUAGUUUCGC